GUCGGCCAGGGCUACCCCCACGACCCGCCGAAGGUGAAGUGCGAGACGAUGGUCUAUCACCCCAACAUCGACCUGGAGGGCAACGUGUGCCUCAACAUCCUCAGGUCCCAGUGUAUCCUGGAAUUUCCCUGUUCCCAUGGUCCCAGUGUGUCCCAGAAUGUCCCUAUUCCCCUGGUCCCGGUGUCUCCCGGAAUCUCCCUGUUAUGUCCCAAUAUGUCCCGGUUCCCGGGUCCUCCCCGCUGCUGGGAGCCGCCGUCCCCUCCCAAGGCGACGCUCUGGCGUCCACGUCUCGAUGCUCCCCCGGGCAGGUCCCGGACUGUCCCUGUUGCUCUGGUCCCAGUGUAUCCUGGAAUGUCUCUGUUCCCCUGGUACAUCCCAGCAUGUCCCAGGGUAUCCUGGAAUGUCCCUGUUGCCCUGCAACAGGACGCCGUGAAGAUCAUGGCGAAGGACCUGGUGCGCACGCGGCGCUACAUCAAGAAGUUCAUCACCAUGAGGGCCAACGUGCAGGCCGUGGCCCUCAAGAUCCAGACGCUCAAGUCCAACAACUCCAUGGCCCAGGCCAUGAAGGGCGUCACCAAGGCCAUGGCCACCAUGAACCGUCAGCUGAAGCUGCCGCAGAUCCAGAAGAUCAUGAUGGAGUUUGAGAAGCAGGCGGAGAUCAUGGACAUGAAGGAGGAGCUGAUGAGCGACGCCAUCGACGAUGCCAUGGGGGACGAGGACGACGAGGAGGAGAGUGACGCCGUCGUGUCCCAAGUGCUGGACGAGCUGGGGCUGACGCUGACCGACGAGCUGGCCAGUGAGCGGGGGAUUUGGGGCAUUUUGGGCGGAUUUGAGUGA